AUGGCAGCGAGCUCCGGCGUCUGGCUGCAGAUCACCAACGACUUCUCCGAUAAGAGCCUGGAGCUCCGCGCCGAGGCGUUCCUCCGCGACGCGGUGCUCCCCAGCAUCGCCAGCUCCGUCGUCGUGCUCCGCAGCUGCGAGGCGCUACUCCCGGACACCGAGGACGUCGGCCUUGUGCCCCGCCUCAUCGCCGCCAUCGCUAGCAACGGCGACUGGUGGGGCAAGUCGGUGGCCACGCUCGGCCUCGACUUCUUCCAGCGCCUGCUGUCCGUGGUCAAGGCCAAGGGGCUCAAGCAGGAGACGGUGACCCGGAUCCUCAUCAACUACGCGCAGAACUCGCUGCACGGGCUCAUGGCCAGGGACGUGCACAGAUGCGGCGGCGGCGCCGUGAACGCUGACGCCGUCAAGAAGCAGCGCGCCGUCGUGGAGGCCAUCGUGGGCCUGCUCCCGGCGCAGUCCAAGAAGAGCCCUGUGCCGAUGGCCUUCCUCUCGGGGCUCCUCAAGACGGUGAUGUCGGUGUCCGCAUCCAGCAUCUGCAGGGCUGACCUAGAGAAGCGGAUCGGCAUGCAGCUGGACCAGGCCAUCCUGGAGAACAUACUCAUCGCCGCCGGCGCGGGCGCGGGCGCGGCCACGCCAGGCGGGCACGGGCAGCAGCACGCGCUGUACGACAUGGACAUGGUGGCACGCAUCUUCUCGGUGUUCCUCAACCUCGACGACGACCACAAUGAGGAGGACGCCGGGUUCGACUACGACAGCCCGCGGUCGCCCAAGCAGAGCCUCCUGGUGAAGGCCGCCAAGCUGCUGGACAGCUACCUCGCGGAGGUGGCGCUCGACUCCAACAUCCUCCCGUCCAAGUUCAUCUCCCUCGCCGAGCUGCUCCCGGACCACGCUCGCAUCGUCACCGAUGGCCUCUACCGCGCCGUCGACAUCUUCCUCAAGGCACGCACCGAUGCAGCUUGCUUUAAUUUCGUUCGCCUAGCCAAAACCAGAAGGCAGCUAGCUUAA